AGUUCAUGGCCUAUGUUGACAGGCAUUUCUCACAACAAACAUUAACGAAGUUGGAGAUAACGACUUUGACAGUUUCGUAGUCGCUUUGAGGGAGGCACUAGCAUUGAAAGAGGCUGAAAAUAAGGCACUCAGACUGGAGGAGACUGACGAAGAUUCACCCGGACUGGGAGAGCCUAAAGAUGAUAUGUACAACGACAGACAAGACGUCCCACACAGACUUACCUCGCACGAACCUGAAAGCCUUCCUAUCGCUCUCAAGACGAAAGCUUGCGAGAUCAUCUCGUAGUUUUUCCAUGAUUGGCUUUAGACAAUUCCAUAAAGAUGGAUCCGCAAAAUCACGGGGUGGACAUAGGGCUCGUGGCAGUUCGAACAUUCUAAGUGCAUAUCUUCCUUGCUCGCUCUGGAGCCAAGCGCUGGUUCCUUUUGCGAUUACAUCGGUUGGACAGUUGAGAGCAGCAUUAUCACGACAACAGAUAGAAUGCAGAUGUACAUGAACUUGAUUAAUAUUUAUUUUGUUUUUGGUUUCGG